AUGGCGCCACUACCCUGUUCACCCGCCUCAAACUCUACCGCUUCUGAAGCAUCUCAGUCUCAUCCCACCUCUGGGAAUGAUACGGAUGACUCCCUGACCACACCUCGUCCUGGCCCGUCUGACCCCGCACAGCGGACUCUAGCGAAUCUGAGUAAGCCGAGCAUACCUGCAUAUUCGUCAAGUCCCGAGAGUGUCAAGAGACUCAGCCUCGGCGAGAGUGGUCCAAGCACGAGAAAAAGUCCAUGGGAGAGAUUAGCUGAGUUCUCGGCUGAGAAUGGAGUGAGGAGGAACCCGUAUACGUACAGCUCCUCGCCGAAAAGUACCUCGCACGUGCCUGCCGAAUCGGACAGUGCAGAAAGUGAAGAUCUGCCGGCGUGGGCCAGACAGGACGAAGAGCGAAGUCCAUGGGAUCGACUACACGACCCACCACCAACAGAUACUCGACCAGGAGUUGCCCUGACUCGUAGCUCACCGCCUAAGGCCACAUUGCCUGGAACCUCGGCCUUGCGAGUCUCACCAGACCGACAGCGAAGUGUGAGCUUCUCGCCAAGCCUGCCAACAUUGAAGCCAGAGCGACAAGGAAGUUACAGCGGGUCUGCGAUGGCGAAGCGGCUUACGCCAUCAGUCAGCCCGCAUGGCGAGGCGAGGCCUGGGAUGAGUGGAGACUUGGGUGAUAGCAGUGCGGACGAAAGUACAGCGAUCUUCAGACGUGAUCGAUCAGCUGGCGGCACGAGCAGACAAGGUACAUAUGGGGCCAUGGCUGGUGAAGUAGAGGAUGAGCCACACCAGCAAGCAGCAGGAUAUGAUGGUGAGCAGGAAGAGAUAACGAGCGAUGUGCCAAGACGGAGGAAAGCACCAAGUACAAGUAGUAAGACUCGUGGAGGUACUCGAAGUGCAAAUGCUAGUAUAAUUUCACGCCGUGAUCGGCAGGCACAAGGGGGUGCGGAGCAAGAAGGAGAUGAGAGUGAGCAGGAAGGAUGGUUCAAGAGUCUGGUGGAGAAGUACGGCAGUGUCGAGUUGGAGAAUAAGGGAAGUGUGGCUCGUGAUCAUCUCGCGCUUGAGCGGACUUUCCUCGCCUGGCUCCGCACGAGUCUCUCCUUCGCAUCGAUCGGCAUUGCCGUAACACAGCUCUUCAGACUGAACAGUUCGCUAUCCUCGAAUAACUCGAAUACCGAAGCAGAGUUCGUAUCAACAUCGUCGUCAGCAGCUCCAAUACAACAGCUUCUAUCGCCCGCUAGCACACAUCCGCUUCGCCACGUUGGCAAGCCUUUGGGCGCUACUUUUCUCGCUAUAUCUAUACUCAUCCUCCUCAUUGGCUUCCAUCGCUAUUUCGAGUCUCAGCACUACGUCAUUCGCGGUAAAUUCCCAGCAUCGAGAGGCAGCAUCAUACUGGUCUCACUCGUCGCAUGUGGCCUUAUCAUUACGAGUCUUGUCGUGGUAGUUGCGAUCGCUCCAGCCGCCUUCGAAAACGCUCAGGAGCUAGGUCUUGAUACCCCAGCGGACGAUGUAGCACGUGAUCCUGUUACGCCACAUCAUGGGUAUCACUACUACAACGCAUCUCAUGCCGCCAACGCACCAUAUUCGGACGACACUCCUGGCCUUGCAGAGCGUUCGAUCUUCGACCGUGGUCAGGCUGCCAUCGUACAGCUGAAUCGUAUACGCGAGGCUGGGGUAGUUGAGCAAGAUGCGACAUUGUAUGCCCGCAUCAACGCAGUGCAAGAACGAGUACGAGUCGCCAUGCGACAAUCUCGUCGUCUAGCUCAUCGCAAUCGUCCUGGUCAGUUACCGUUGCUGUGGACACCGGAAACACCGCCGUAUGGUCAGCUUCGAUGCUUCGAAUCAGUCAGAAGUGCUGCAAGGGUCUACGAUGUCAACUCGCAAAAUGCACAUCUAAGUCCACUUGCUUAUCGGAGGGCAACUCAUGAGCUUUUCUCCACCGGAAAUGCUCCUUUUGUGAACAUACCACCUCAUGGUACUCAGUUCACGACAACCAGCCUCACGAGACGAGCGGAAAGGCUUGCAGAGCAGUAUCGCACCGACGAUCCUGAAGAAAUACCUCACAGCCCAGCCUCACAAACUGCAGAUUCGGUGGAGGCUGCGAAUGGAGAGCAUAACCCAAACGAGGAGGAGGCUGAAGGUCCUGAUCUCCAGCGGCAGAAUCUUGUUCGCGAGACUUUGUCGCUGGCUCGCGAUGCACAAGGCAGACCUACCAUCCGAGGCGCGCUUGUACUUCCGAGCACCGCUUGUACAGCCGUGGACAACUCCUCAAGAACUGGGUCCGCUGCCAUGCUUACGUCCUGGCGGGAUCGGAAUAUGCGCGAAGCUUACAAUCGACGCUGCGUGCGCAUCACCCCUGACAUGCGGGCAGCUAUACUACAGCCGAUCAUCAGGUACAGAGACUUUGCGACCGACAUCAUUGGCCAACUCCCCAGCUCUGCUCCCAGUCAUCAGGCUGGACAGCUCGAGCGACAGGGACACUUCGGCGCCGAGCGUUUUGUCUACUCGAUUCCGCAGAUGCUGCAGGUGCGCAACCAUCUUGCAGGUCAUAGAUUUACCGACAUGCCAUCUGUACAGACACCACCACGCGCCGGUCCUUCGAGAUUGCCAGAAGCAGCGACGCCAGCAGAGUCCACUGAUGGUCGAAUGUUCUCACCGCAGGGAGAAGCAUUCCUAGACAUGAUCCGCCGUGACGAACAAGAACCAUUUACUCCACUACCUCGACAAGUGUCUGCGCAGCCCAUCGACCUUUCGUCUUCGGUCUAUUCGCGGAGGAUUGGUGAUGAUCACGUCGAUGGCCGGCCCGAUACAGCUUAG